CUGCUUGAAUCGGGAACAUUCGUUGUCGGCGUGUGUCAGCGUGUAUUAAUCGUUCUUGUUUCGGAACAAAUUUGCGUGAUUUUCUUGAAGGGAAUAAAAGUAUCCUGCGCACUUAUUCACAAUGGUUUCCUUGAAUCCAGUACGUAUCCUUAAGAAUGAAGCUGAGGAGGAGAAGGCUGAGAUUGCCAGAUUGAGUUCAUUCAUUGGAGUAAUAGCCAUUGGGGACUUGAUGAAAUCUACUCUUGGUCCUAAGGGUAUGGACAAGAUGCUUGUGUCUUACGGCAGAUCCGCAGGACAAGUACAGGUUACCAAUGAUGGCGCUACUAUCCUCAAAAGUAUUGGCGUUGACAAUCCUGCUGCCAAAAUUUUGGUAGACAUGUCUCGUGUCCAAGAUGAUGAAGUAGGAGAUGGAACUACUUCAGUUACUGUGCUUGCUGCUGAACUUUUGCGAGAAGCGGAGAAACUGAUUGAAAAUCAAAAGAUCCACCCACAGACUAUUAUUAGUGGUUGGAGGAAUGCUACAAAUGUGGCGGCAGAGGCUUUGAAAAACGCAUCUGCCGAUAAUUCUGCAGAUCCCGAGCGUUUCCGCGAAGAUUUACUUAAUAUUGCACGUACAACAUUGAGCUCUAAGAUCUUAUCUCAACAUAAGGAACACUUUAGCAAGCUUGCAGUUAACGCAGUGUUGCGUCUUAAAGGCUCUGGUAAGCUGUCCGCAAUUCAAAUUAUAAAGAAACGUGGUGCAACGCUUGCCGAUUCUUUCUUGGACGAGGGAUUCUUGUUGGAUAAGAAGCCGGGUGUACAUCAGCCGCAAAAAGUAUCUGAUGCGCGCAUCCUUAUCGCUAAUACACCGAUGGAUACAGAUAAAAUCAAGGUAUUUGGUUCUAGAGUUCGUGUGGACUCAAUGGCGAAGAUUGCAGAAUUAGAGACCGCAGAAAAGGAGAAAAUGAAGGAUAAAGUUGACAAGAUCCUGAAACAUGGAUGCAACGUUUUCAUUAAUAGGCAGUUGAUUUACAAUUAUCCAGAACAACUGUUCGCUGAUGCUGGAAUUAUGGCUAUUGAGCACGCAGACUUCGACGGUAUCGAAAGACUGGCGCUUGUCACUGGCGGCGAGAUAGUCAGCACCUUUGAUAAUCCAGAUUUAGUUAAACUUGGGAAGUGCGAUCUUAUUGAGCAGGUCAUGAUCGGAGAAGAUACACUCCUGAGAUUCUCUGGAGUUCCGUUGGGCGAAGCGUGCACUGUUGUCAUCCGCGGUGCAACACAACAGAUCAUCGACGAAGCGGAAAGAUCGCUUCACGAUGCGCUCUGCGUCUUAUCCGCUACAGUACGCGAAUCGAGAAUAGUUUACGGUGGCGGAUGUAGCGAAAUGAUCAUGGCUUGCGCUGUUAUGCGAGCAGCCGCGGCUACACCUGGCAAAGAGGCGGUUGCAAUGGAAGCGUUCGCUCGGGCAUUGCAGCAACUGCCGACAGUUAUUGCGGACAACGCUGGCUAUGAUUCUGCGCAAUUGAUCAGCGAGCUUAGAGCAGCGCAUAAUUCCGGCGGCAACACCAUGGGAUUGGACAUGGAAUUCGGCAAGAUCGGUUGCAUGAAGCGGCUAGGAAUCACCGAAUCUUGGGUGGUGAAGAGACAAGUUCUCGUCAGCGCGGCCGAAGCCGCCGAAAUGAUAUUACGUGUGGAUGAUAUUUUGCGCGCAGCUCCGAGGAAACGCGUACAGGAUAGAGGACGUUGUUAAUCAUUUAA